CCCGCAGCUCUCGAUCUCCAAGUCUCGUCUCAAUUGCACCUCUUUCCCCUCACAGUCGUCCUGACAAGCCACCGUCGCCAUGGCCCAAAGAGAUGCUCGCUUCAGCCAGACUGUCCUGGUGGACACCACGCCCAUGCCCGAUCACAUCCCCAAGGUUGAGGAGAUCGGUGCCACAUCUGCACCCCUGAUGAGUGCAGCUUAUUUUAUUGGAGACCGCUGCAAGGCCUUCAAUGACGACUUCAUGAAGUGCAAGGACGAGGCCAAUGGCCGCGGGGAGAUCGACUGCUUGAAGGAGGGCCGGAAGGUGACGCGCUGUGCCGCUAGUGUCAUCAAGGACAUCAACACCCACUGCUUCGACCAGUUCAAGGCCCACUGGGAGUGUCUCGAGAACAACAACCACCAGCUCUGGGAAUGCCGCAGGGCUGAGAUGAGUCUCAACACCUGUGUCUUCGAUAAAUUGGGCUUGAAGAAGACCCUUCCUGGAGCUCCCGAGAACCAGGUUCCUGUUCACUUGCGCCCCAAGCAAAAAUACGCACAGUACCCCGGUCCCCAGUGGUAA